AUGAAGAAUCAUCUUGAGGAUAGUUAUCAACCGGCAUUCAACCCAUCAGCAUAUAAUCCCAAUGCUCCGCCACCUUAUCCGUAUUCGAAUCAGCAGAUGCCUCAGCCUCAACCUAGUGUCACGAUGAGUACUCAACCCCAACCAGGUUUCCAUCAACAACCUGCAGCUCAGGCUCAGUAUACUUUAGCACCGUUUCACUUGGGUGAAAGUUCAGUUCGUAUGGUGUGUCCAAAUUGCCGCAAGGAAAUAAUGACGAAUGUGGCGACUGAGUGCUCGACGAAGCAGCACAUAAUAGCUCUGAUCAUGUGUUUGAGUGGAAUGCUCACAUUGUGCUCAUGUCUGCCGUACUGCUGCAAUGAUUGCAGUCUGUACAAACAUUCCUGUCCGAGCUGUCGCAUGCAUAUUGGAUCAUACAGCCCGUGA